UUUAUUUGGAAAACAAACAUUUCUUUUUGUAUUUUUUUUCUUAUUCUAUCACAAAAUCCGUUUACAGUAAUGCUUACUAAAAGGUUCACCGUGCUGCUAAAAGUGUUUGCAUUCUAAAAUGCAGAGCCAAGGCGGCACCAGCAAGGUUGUCGCCACUCUCCGAGCGGAUGGAAAUGUGUAUCCAAUGGAUCCCACUGAUCACACCAACUUGCUUCACUAUGAAAUUCGGACAGAAGGAGAACUUCAACAAAAGAAGGGCAACGGGUCUGGUCCAUCAACAGUCGUGGACCUAGGCAAGCAAUUGCUGCAAUGCGCAAGGGACAGCGAUGUGACAGGCGUCAAAACGGCGCUAGCACAUGGGGCCCCCUUUGCCUCAGACUGGCUGGGAAUGUCUGCGCUGCACUUUGCUGCUAUGAACAACCAACUGGAAAUCUGUGAAAUACUUCUUCAGGGCGGCAUAAAUAUGGACGCCAAAACUAAGGUGGACAGAACGCCUCUGCAUUUAGCCUGCUACUACGGACACGAGCGAGUGGUCAGCUUAUUGUUGGCACUCAAGUGCAGCGUUAAUUCUCGAGACAUGCUUCGAAUGACGCCUCUCCACUGGGCCGUGGAAAAAAAGCACAAAUCCAUUGUGCGAAUGUUACUAAAAUGCCAGGCAGAUGUGUCGCUAGUUUCCAAAUUCGGCAAGACGCCAAUUGCACUGGCCGUGUACACUGAACAGGCGGAUGUGUUGGCCGAACUGGAGGCAGCACGGCAGGCCCAGGCCAGUCGAAAAUUGAACGAGGAAUCGGAGCGGCAGACACAUAAAAGCAGAAAAGAAACCAGUGAGGCUGUCAAUUCUAUAAUGGAAGAGCCCGGGCCCAAAAAAAGGGUUGACGAUUCAGAAAUGUCAGUCGAAGAAAGAAUGGAUGUCUUGGAAAACCUCCGUGGGCAUCCCAAUGUAUUAGUCAACUCGGCGUUAAACAUGCUCAAGACCCACGGCAUUGCAGACAUGAUGCAGGAGAACGAUGACGAAGCUUCGAAGGAAAUGUUGAAUACGGCACUACAAAACGGUCGUCAGCUCAUUCUCUCCGAAGGGGGUCGCAUGCUGUUACAUGAAACUAAUUCGAGCAUAAACGUUAAGAAAUAUGUGAAUGGAAGUGCCAGAAAAACCCCAAAUAUUGGUCUGCGUCUCACCCAAAAUAGCUCACCCCCUCAGAAGAUUCGCAUGAAUGUUAUCAAGCAAAAGGAGCCAGCGCCACUCAGUCCGGCUGGGGUGUCUAAAAACAAGCAGAACAUACGUAUAAUCUCGUUGACUGAUUUUAAGAAACUUUGCGGGACGGACAAUCAGCCAAAGUCCCUACAAAAAAUACCCGCAUCAUUGGCAAGCUCUGGAAUGGUACGUCAACUCACCGAUGGAACCAAACUGGUAAACAUGCGCCAACUUCAGUCUCGUCAGCUCAAACUUCCAUCCGUUCAAAGACCCCCAGAACCCAGCAUAAUGGAUGAACAACAGCAGUUGCUGAACGAAGUCAUUGCUCCAUCGUCCCAGCAAGCAGCUGCGGCACAUUCUGCUACGGCGAGCACGCUGAGGGGCCAAGUUGGAACCGUUCAGACAAUACAGCUGCGUCCAUCCCCAGCAGCUGGAGCUGCCCUCGUGACGACAAGCAACGGAGUUGCCAGCAAGGCUGUGGCCAACGUAGCAAAGGUGGGCUCAAAAGGGCCUAAUGCAAUGCCACUGAUGACAUCUUCUGAAAUUUUUCGGCAACUACAUGAGCUUCGACGGCAGAACGAGGAAUUGCGCAGGCGGGUUGAUUCAUUUCACCGAGAAAAAGAACAAAUGCUGAAGCGUAUUGACCGCUUGGAACAGCUUGUGUUCAUUCGUGAACCGGAUGCAGAAAUCGAUUAUGUCGGGGUCAUGUAGCUAACACAUAUAUUUAACUUCUUUGUAAAUAGCAGAUAGGACUAGUGCAUACCAGUGGAGGGAAUUUUGUUUUUAAUAAGCAUCUUUAUUGAAUGUUUUCGCACAUAUCUUCAUUCACAUUUCUCAACACAUGAAAGUUCUCAACGGUAAAGCUAUGUUUCAUGAAUAGUUUAUCAAGUUAAUCAGCUACGUUUAAGUUAAUUUUCUAAACACAAAUGUGUCAGCGGCUUCAUAACAUUUUGUACCAGAUUUGU